GCGGCGUUUUGACGUACUUUGACGAGCCAUAGAAAAUCAAAGAUUUAACCAAAUCGAAAAAUUUCUGCGGCAGGUUACUCCACAAAAUGAGCUUUAUUAUUUUAUUUUAUUAUUUUUGUGGAAUACAUGUAAGCUCCAUCAGUCAAGGGCCCACCAGGCUCGUGUGAUUUGACCUUACUUACUAAAGUUAUUUUGUUUUGAUAGUUAUGGCUGAGGGAGGAUCAGAUGACGGUCCCUUUGAAAUAGACUACCCAGAAGGUGUCCCUUACAGUCCUUGGAAUUUUAACAUCUACAAGAUGUUGACCAUAAUCAAACAGACCUGCUUUGGACAUGUCAAAACCAACUUGCACCACAUGCUGAAUCAACUUAUGCCAGGAACUACACAAACGCUCUUAGAGCACAGUGGAUCGCUCGAUCUAGAUAACUGCUUCAUAGCGAAUCAAAAAUAUGACGGCCAACGAGUUGGAAGCAUGCCAGAAGAUGUGCCCAUUAUCCAACCGAUUAGACAGCCUGUCCACUCUGAAGAUGACAUAAUGAGAGAUGUAGGUCUGUCUUUUGAAUGCGAUUACAACCUCUGUUUUAAGGAUAUCUCAGCCAGCGAAAAUUCACAGCAGAAAGUUGAUCUGAAGUCUUUAGAGAAACCUCUACAACUGCAAGUCAUUCCUUCGCUGCCUCCAGGUUAUGCUCAGUUGGCGGUCCCUCCAAAUGUGGAUUGGGUACCGGGUCUGCAGAACCUAUGUGUCAAAGAUAGAGAAAUCACGCUUUUAUCCUCGGAGCUUCUCUUUGAGCAGAUGUAUAACGUAUUAACAAUCAUCACAGCCAUUUUAAACGUCUACCGAAUAAAAAAACACCACAAUAGCGAGAACGUGUACCACGAGGAAGAUUGCAUAUCCCUUGGAGACUACCUCCAGUAUGUCGGACAAGCGGGCCCAGCGGUUCAUGUGGUGAUGUGUAUCGUAUAUUUAAGUCCCCAAAAAGGUCGGCACCUUUUUCUUACCGAGGAUGUCAGCUUGUCAGUGCCUUGCAAAGAAUGGCCCAGCUGUGCUAAAGGGUGGCCUACUAGAAACAGACCAUCAGGGUGGCCUCCUGAGGAACUCAUUAAGAAGGUAACACAAGACGGGUGUCAUAUUGUACCCAAGUUUGACGCAUCGGUGAAAAGCUCAGAAGCGCCAAGUAAUGGUGACAUGGCAGACAGUGCCGCGAGCACUGUCGUCCCACAGACACAGUGGAGAUACUCAUUCUCAUUGGCAGAAAGGACACUUAUGACCUCGAUCACAGAAGAACAGAAGAUGUGCUAUCUUAUAUUCAAGUACCUUUUCUCGCGAUGCAUCAAGUUGGAGUCCAUAAUAACCACAUACACCCCGAAAACGCUUUUCUUGUGGGCACUUGAAACUGUACCCAUCGAUCAGUGGACCAUGGAAACGGUCGGCGAUCGCGUAAAACGCCUGAUGGAAGACUUGAGAGCCUGUGUUAAGAAAAAGUACUGUCCACAUUACUUCAUCAGUGGAUCCAACACUCUCCAGCAAAUGGAUGACAAGAGCGUUAAAGUUACACUGGAGGUUGGAUUUUCUAUGUUGGACGAAGAUAUGGCUGAGGCGCCAGUUUUGGGCUCAGAUACAUUUGAAACGACAUCGGACUUUCCUGUGAACUUCAUGUUUACAUACAAAUCGUUUUACCCAAUCAAUGCUUGGUUAGAAUCACUCAAUGCACAAAUGAUGGCGAAGCUUGAUACGCCGAGUAAAGUCCCCAGUGCCCAGAACUUGGCAGAUUUGUUGGACAGCUCAAAAACACAUCCAAUUCUGAUGACAGAGAUUUUAAAAUAUCUUGUUCUGUCAGACGAGAUUUACGGUCAACCACUGCCAGUUCCGGAGUCCCUGCUGCACCACAAGAAAGUUACACAACUCCUUAAAUUUUUGGAAAAAUCCAUCACAACGCCAGAAAAGUUCGACGAAUGCAUGGGAGAACUUGAUGUUGAGAUGAAGUUUCUUCAUUUACAGUUCAGAAUAAUCGACGAACUCCAGAACUUUUUCACAGAAAAUCCAAAUUUUGCCUUCACGUUUGAAUCAAGCUCCGAAGAGAGCGGAUCGGAAGCUGAUGAGUGAACUAUGCUCGAAUAACAAAUCAAAUUAAAGUCAGAACUUUAAGCCCUUUUCGGAUAAACAAGGACUAUAAUUUGUUUGUAGAAACACUAAAUAUUUCCGCUGUUUCGUAGUUUGUUGCUAGAUCUAGAGGCCAGUUGCUAAACUGGGAACAUCGAGGAGAAAACUGCGCGUUUAACAUGUUUCUGGACAAGUGGAGAAGGGAAAAAUUCUUACUGUGCUUUCGUCUACGACGAGUUGCCUGUUUGACCAUCUAUGAACGGAUUAAGUCCUCUAUAAGUUUAAAUUUUCAAAAAUAUUGCAGUUGUGACGGACCGUUCAGUUUAAUUUUCAAAAAAAAAUCCAAACUCUUUUGGAUUUUAUAAAUCAGUGCAUAAGAAAGGACAAAGGCAUAAAACGGAUCUCCAGCGCAUGCGUUAAGAACGACACAGUUUGUCCCAGAAAGGAGUACCACAAAGAUCUCA